AUGAACUUGCAAAGGGCCGAGUGUCCACUCUCCCAGCGGCCGCAGCACAACCCCCGGGGCUCAGACGGGGAAGAUGAACCUCUGGACCUCCUGCCGGAGGAGGAAGAGGAAGAGGAGGAGGAGGAGGAAGAGCGGUACCUUCGGCGGCCCCAGUCCGGCCAGCGCGGGUCUCUAGCGAUCAGUAAUAGCAGCCGCAGCAGCAGCAGCAACGCCCCGUCGGGGACCGGGGACUGCGCGAGCAACGGGCGUAGUAGCAUCCCGUCCCGGGACGUCCCGGCCGAGCUCGGAGAAGGGGGUGCGCCUUUGGCACCGGCGAAGCCGCCCUACUCGUACAUCGCACUCAUCACCAUGGCCAUCCUGCAGAGUCCACACAAGCGGCUCACGCUGAGCGGUAUCUGCGCUUUCAUCAGCGGCCGCUUUCCCUACUACCGCCGCAAGUUCCCUGCUUGGCAGAACAGCAUCCGCCACAACCUGUCGCUCAACGAUUGCUUCGUCAAGAUCCCCCGGGAGCCAGGGCACCCCGGCAAGGGCAACUACUGGAGCCUGGACCCGGCCUCCCAGGACAUGUUCGACAACGGCAGCUUCCUGCGCCGGAGAAAACGCUUCAAGCGCCCGGGCCCUGGCUCUCCUCUGUGCGCGCCCCUGCACCCUCCAGGGCCCGCGGGACUACUGCUGUGCCCCGCUGCCGCCCCGCCCGUCCCUGUUCGGCUCCGUCCCGGCCCACUGCUGCAGCCACACCCGCUGCGCUACGUCGUGUUGCCGGCCCCUGCCCGUCCUGCGAUGCCACCGAGAAAAGGGAGUGCCACGCAGCCUCUGCCCUGUGCUCCGGGCCGGGAAGUUCAGGUACCAGCGCCCCGUCGCGGGGUCAAGGGAGCCUCGUUCAGUAUCGACAGCAUCAUGCAGGAAGCCCGGGGAGGAGGCGCGGUGGGGACCCCAACGGCCCCAUGGAGUCACUGCCACCUGUGGCACGCUCCGCCCGUAGCCGCCUCCCCGUGGCUGCAAGUGUCCGCGGCCGCUCGGACGCUAUUGCAACAGCAGCCAGAUGCUGCGAUCGGCAGCUUCCCCGACAAGGGAGCACUCCUCGGCCGGCCCUUGGCCGCAGCGCCUCUGGGGUGCCCACCUAGGGCAGUCGGCACUGGGCUGCUUUCGCUGGCUGCUCCCACGGGCCGGGAGGCGAGUGAGCCCACAUUCUGA